AUGAGAGUUACUGAUGUUACACUUGCUUUCUUCCUUGAUAGUGGUAAUUACGAAGUAGAUUGGUCAAUGGCCCAACCACUGAUAUAUGGUAACAAAGAUUCAAUCGAUGGAAAUUAUAUUUCUGGAUGGCCAUUAUCUGCUCCACAAAAUGUUUUACCGGACAAUUAUUUCUAUGAUCCAUCACAAGAAUUAAACACUGCUGGAUAUGAUUUCAACACGUGGGGAUCUCUCAAUACACAGACUGUUGAUUGUUCGAACAAAGAUACAAUUGCAAAACAACACUAUUGUAAUAAUCCAUCAUUUUACAAUCCAAAGGGAUAUUCAAUUGCAGGGAGAAAUGAUGCUCUUGAUUUUCAAAUGGUCAAAGUUCCAAGUUUUACUUGUCCAGCAUGA